GUAACGACAACCUGCAGUGACAUCACUGCGUCCUCCGUUGCUAGGUUAUUCUCCUAACGCAACAUCUUAGUGUUUCUGAGACGCACCCUGUUCAAAACAAAAAUAUUAAUCGCGAGAUAUUCCGCCAUUUGUAUAGAAAUUGUUCAGCUUUUAGCAUUAAGAUAUGUUUUCUUGUAGUUUGACCGUCUUGGGCGUUGUCGUCACUGCUUCACGUCGUCGGAAUCAAUAAGUGCGGCUACAUUGGCUAACAUGGAGGCGGCGUUUGCUCGCUAGCUUCAGCUCACGGUGAUGCUGAACAGGCUGCUUGGCUGUGAAACUGUGUAACGACAGUCGGAUGAGACUGCAUCCCUAACCGGAUGAUGGGCGCCCAGCCUCUGCAGCAGUCCGGGGGGGAUUCAGCAGCCUACUAACGGAGCCUGUCAGAGCAGCAGAUGCUGAUGAUUGCCUGUUUUCUGCUACUGUUUUGCAGGUAGCUGAGCGAAUAUAAAUCUUUAAGAGGAUCCUAAAUGAUGCACCAUGGCCGGGAAGGUGAAGUGGGUGACAGAUAUUGAGAAGUCAGUGCUCAUCAAUAACUUUGAAAAAAGGGAAUGGGUUCAAGUGACAGAAAACGAGGACUGGAAUUUCUACUGGAUGAGCAUCCAGACCAUCAGGAACGUGUUCAGCGUGGACACCGGCUACCGGCUGUCAGAUGAACAGUUGGUGAACCACUUCCCCAACCACUACGAGCUGACCAGAAAGGACCUGAUGAUCAAGAACAUCAAGCGGUACCGCAAGGAGCUGGAAAAGGAAGGCAGUCCACUCGCAGAGAAAGAUGAGAACGGGAAAUACAUUUAUCUAGAUUUUGUUCCUGUGACUUUCAUGCUCCCUGCUGAUUAUAAUUUGUUUGUGGAGGAGUUUCGCAAGAAUCCUUCCAGCACCUGGAUCAUGAAGCCCUGCGGGAAAGCCCAAGGCAAAGGCAUCUUCCUCAUCAACAAGCUGUCGCAGAUUAAAAAGUGGUCACGAGACAGCCGCACCUCAACGUUUGUUGCAGCAUCCAGCGGGAAAGAGGCUUAUGUCAUCUCUCUGUACAUCGACAAUCCUCUGCUGAUAGGAGGGAAGAAGUUCGACCUGCGGCUUUAUGUCCUAGUGACAACAUAUCGGCCUCUGAAGUGCUACAUGUACAAGUUGGGCUUCUGCCGGUUCUGCACGGUGAAGUACACACCCAGCACCAGUGAGCUGGACAAUAUGUUUGUGCACCUCACUAAUGUGGCCAUCCAGAAACACGGGGAUGACUACAACCACGUUCAUGGGGGCAAGUGGACAGUCAGUAAUCUUCGCCUUUACCUGGAAAGCACAAGAGGAAAGGAGGUGACAAACCGGCUGUUUGACCAGAUCCACUGGAUUGUGGUGCAGUCACUAAAGGGUGUUGCACCUGUGAUGAACAAUGACAAGCACUGUUUUGAGUGUUACGGGUAUGACAUCAUUAUCGACGACAAGCUAAAACCAUGGCUCAUUGAGGUUAACGCCUCCCCGUCGCUGACCUCCAGCACAGCCAAUGACCGCAUACUGAAAUACAACCUCAUCAACGACACGCUCAACAUUGUCACGCCCAACGGGGAGAUCCCAGACUGCCGCUGGAAUCGCAGUCCGCCCAGAGAAGCCCUGGGGAACUACCAAGUCCUGUAUGACGAGGAGCAGGCCCAGAGCGAGAACGCUGAGCGUGACCUGCGGAGCCGCUCGGGUCAACUGCUGGGAUCAAAGGGCACAAAGGCGAGUGCUGGCGCCCGUCCCACUACAGCCACAUGGAAGUGAGGUGGUGUUACCGACUCGGAUUGCCUUCCUCUGCUUUACAAUGGGUCUGAACGAGUAUGAGGGACCAAACAAGGACCACCCCCGUCUUCAUUUCUCUGACUGUGGCUCACCUUUGUUUAUAAUGUAGAAUAAUCAGUAAUGUUUAACAGCUGGUGACUGUUUGUAGGAAAUAUGCUCAUGACACUGAUGAUCAACAACUUGAACUAUGCAUGAUUGUCAAUUACUUGCACCUAAACCUGAUCUGCAAAAAAGGGUGCUAACAAAGAGGAGAUUAUGUCUGAAGAUGAGAGACUAAGCUUGAAUGCAAUUGAUUUUAAAGUUAAGAGGUUUAUAUGCAGAAUUAGAAUUGCUAAAUGUUUAUAGAUCCCAAAAUGUUUUUUAAAUUCUCAUGCAUUAAAAGGAGUGUAUUCAGUGCGGAACACCGCACUUUAUUUAUUUUUUAAAUUUAGACUUAAGUGUUGGCAAUACCUUUCAUUUUGCAUUUUGAUCACUUAAAUAUGCAUUACAUCACAGAUCUUAUAGAAAUGUAUGUACUUAGAAUGCACUUGAUACAUUGUUAUGGGGCCUUUAUGGAGCACAGAUGAUUAAUGAAAAUCCAUUUUUUUAAACUCAAUAGGGGCAGAAUAAUACCAGAAACAAAAGUUGUUUUAUUAGACAAAGAACAAGACAAGAACGUUUGGGCAAAAGUGAAGCUUUUUCUACCCAGGAAUGAUUUCAAACAACCCAAAACAAUGAUGGUAAAGAUUACAUUUCAAAUUUAAGUCAUUAGAUAACUGCUUUGAUAGAUUAUUUGAAAUUUGUGAAAUCAAUGAUUGAAGCAGGCCAUUCUAAUAUGUCAUUCAUCCUGCCUUGGAAAAGAAACACAUUAUUUGUUUUUUGAAAGUAAAUGUUUAUUGGUGUGCUGAUUACAAUAUGAGCAUUCUUCUCAUUUUUAUGUGAACACAAUUUUGUUUCUUCUUAAAUCUUACAUUUUAAUGUUGUCACACUAUUCUAAAGACCCCUAAAGCCAUUGAUGGAUGUAAUUGCAUUGAUCAGAGGUCAGAUUAUUCAAAACAACCACUUUUGCGUCAUUGCUCACAGAGCUGCUACCACACGCACAGCAGCAUAUCAAGAUGUAUUAAUCAUUGGGAGCGAUGGCGGUGCGGGGGUACAGUGCACGACCCACGUACGGAGGCCUUAGUCCUUGAUGCAGCCUGUCAUGGGUUCAAGUCUCAGCCUGUUGACCUUUGCUGCAUGUCUUCCCCUCUCUCUCCACCCUAUUUCUGAUCAGUUGACUCUUAAAAUAAAAGCCACCAGUGCCACAAAAAUAAAAAAAGAUGUAUAAACUGUUAAGUUGUGAUCUCUAAUCAUAAAUUCCCACGGCACGUAAGGCAUGAGCUGCACAUCCACCUGUGUGGUUAAAUUUAGUGAGAGAUUGGGGACAUUUUCACAGUUAAAGGAACUGGGUAAACCCCUGACUUGGUUCCCACUGCUGGUUUUCAUUAACGUGAUCACAAACAGUGCAUCUCAUAACACUACCUGUUUGCAGCCAGGAGCUGAUUCUGAACAAGUUGUUUUAUUGUUUUUCUCUGUGCCAAGAAAGAUUUCAUUGUAAGGUUUAAAAAAAAAAAAAGAUUUUUGCUCAAAUUUGGGUAAACUGGUGCUUUAAAAUGUGGUUUAUUUAAAUUUUUUGUUGAAGCUCUUUAAUUGAAAAAAGUGAAAAUUUAAUUUGGCUAUGAAAAUAUGCAUUUAAAUAAAGCUGUGGUCAGAUUUGA